AAGACCAUGACAUAAGACGCGUAAUAAGAACAGUACAACUGCAGUUGUAUUAAGACAAGAUUUGGCCUAUGAUUUUUUAUUUUUUAUUUUUUUUUUUAAACAGCAGGCAUCAAGCAUUGUGACUGUAAAUACAUCUUCUGGAAUAUUGUUUUUCUAAAUUAUAAUUUAAAAUGAAGUUGUACUGCCUGUCUGGUCAUCCCACACUGCCCUGCAAUGUCCUCAAGUUCAAGUCGACGACCAUCAUGCUGGACUGUGGGCUAGAUAUGACCUCGGCCCUGAAUUUCCUACCGCUGCCUUUGGUGCACAGCCCAAGACUAGCAAAGCUACCUGGAUGGGUUUCAAAGGAUGGAAACACUUUUUUGGAAAAGGAACUAAAGGAAUGUGCGGGUCGGGUUUUUGUGGACUCCCUCCCAGAAUUCUGUCUGCCAGAGAGGGAGUUACUGGAUCUGUCCACCAUUGACGUAAUCCUAAUUUCCAACUACCACUGCAUGAUGGCUCUGCCAUACAUCACAGAGCACACUGGAUUCACUGGCACCGUGUACGCCACAGAGCCCACUCUGCAGAUAGGAAGGCUGCUUAUGGAAGAGCUUGUGAAUUUUAUUGAGAGGGUUCCAAAGGCUCAGUCCGCCACGUGUUGGAAGAACAAGGAAAUACAAAGGCUUCUCCCAGCACCCCUGAAGGAUACAGUAGAAGUGUCGACCUGGAAGAGCUGCUACACAAUGCAGGAAGUGAACUCUGCCCUCAGCAAGGUUCAGCUGGUUGGAUACUCACAGAAAAUUGAACUGUUUGGUGCUGUGCAGAUCACCCCACUUAGCUCUGGCUAUUCAUUGGGCAGCUCCAACUGGAUCAUCCAAUCACAUUACGAGAAGGUAUCCUAUGUGUCUGGAUCUUCACUCCUUACUACACAUCCACAGCCCAUGGACCAGAGCUCCCUAAAGAACAGUGAUGUUCUUAUUCUGACUGGCCUGACCCAGAUCCCUACAGCCAACCCUGAUGGCAUGCUGGGAGAGUUCUGCAGCAACCUAGCAAUGACUGUGCGUACUGGAGGGAACGUGUUGGUUCCCUGUUAUUCCUCCGGAGUGAUCUAUGACCUACUCGAGUGUCUCUACCAAUUCAUCGACUCAGCUAGCCUGACCACCAUCCCUUUCUACUUCAUCUCCCCUGUCGCAAACAGCUCCCUUGAGUUCUCACAGAUCUUCGCUGAAUGGCUCUGUCACAAUAAGCAGUCAAAGGUCUACCUCCCAGAGCCUCCCUUCCCUCAUGCUGAGUUGAUUCAGACAAACAAGCUGAAGCACUACCCCAGUGUGCAUGGAGAUUUCAGCAAUGACUUCAAGCAGCCAUGCGUGGUGUUCACCGGGCACCCCUCUCUGCGCUUCGGAGACGUGGUGCACUUUAUGGAGUUGUGGGGAAAGUCCAGCAUCAACACCAUCAUCUUCACAGAGCCUGACUUCUCCUAUCUCGAAGCCCUGGCCCCAUACCAGCCCCUCGCCAUGAAGUGUGUCUACUGUCCCAUUGACACCCGCCUAAACUUCAUCCAGGUCUCCAAGCUGCUGAAGGAGGUUCAGCCCCUCCAUGUGGUGUGCCCGGAACAGUAUGUCCGGCCUCCGCCUGCUCAGUCCCACCGUUCAGAUCUGAUGCUGGACUGCCAGCCACCUACCAUGCCAUACCGCCGCUGCUCUGUGCUCAGUCUGCCCUUCAGAAGGCGCUAUGAGAGGAUUGAGCUGCUGCCUGAGCUUGCCGAUUCACUAGUUCCCUCAGAGAUUAAACCGGGCAUCUCUGUGGCAACUGUCACCGCGGUGCUGCACACAAAGGACAACAAACACGUGCUGCGGCCUACCCUGAAGCUGGCACCAGCUCCCCCCCCCUCCAAGAAGAGGAAGCGUGUUUUGGAGGAGCCACCUGAACACAGAGCCCCCAAACCCCUGCUGAGUGGUGCAGUCCCCAUCGAGCAGUUCCUGGCCACACUCCAAAAGCAUGGGAUCACAGAAGUGAAGGUGGAGGACACUCCUGAUGGACACAUCCUCCACCUGCAGGAUGAAGACACCCUGAUCCAGCUGGAAGAAGACUCCACUCACAUCAUCUGUGACAACAAUGAGAUACUGCGAGCCACUCUCAGGGAUCUUGUACUUCGAUUCCUACAGAAAUUCUGAGACCUGGUCCUGAGAACUCCAACAGACUCUGAAGCUCCAUAAACAUCUGCUCUGCGGUGUCCAAAUAUUUGUAUUUUUAUAGAGAACUGAGCCAGUGUACAUCUCUUUAGUAUGCAGUGCCAUUACUCCUUUCACCAAAUUUAUUAUCAGUAGUCCCUGCAGUGCUGCUGAAAAAAGAUUUACAGCAUGUAAAAAAAGAACACUUACCAGACCGUGUCCUCAGUGAUAAGAUGCCCUGUAACAUGCCAGUGAGAUCUGUACAGAGGGUCUAGGAAGCCUGGUUGCCCUGUGGAUUAGUGUGCCUACAACGAUUUCAUUAACCCUGUUUAAUUGGUUGCAACAUGUUGACAUUUUCACUAAUGUAUAUGCUGGAAGUGUUUAAAUGAAGAUUAAAACAAGAGCCCCUGUCUGUUGAUGGUGGUCCUUUCUUACCUUUAUGCAUGUGCAGAGGUGGCCAGAGCCCUGCAGCUGGUGAAGAGGAAAAGCAGGUCUUUACUGAUUGCUGAUCAGCUGCUUUCACAACUAGCCCAGCAGGAAAGCAGACGGGAGUUUUCUUGUUGUUUUCACUUUUGAACAAAACUUUUAUUUGUGAUUUUAUUAAAAUAAACUACUGGUUUUGUAACGGUAAAAUUUAUUUGACAAUUAAUUUUCUUUAUUUUGAGUCAUUACCUUUUGAGAAACAUCAGUAAUUUGUGACAGACUUUGAUAGAAGGAAUAUAAUCAGAUCAGCUGCCCUUGCCCAUUGUAAACUGUCUUUCCACAGGGAGAUUUAAAAAAAUCAAUCUCAAAAUGGUCAACCCAUUCACAUAAAAACGUUACUAGAGGUGACCAGGGUUUCUGUGUUUAAAUGGGAAGUGCAGCAUAGAAAUGUCAGUAAGGAGUGUUCAGAAAAUUGAAUUUUAAUAACCAACAAGAUUGUUAUGUGACCAGUCAAAGGAUUAUGAUGAUUUUGUCCAACCCCUGGAUGUUACCCAUUGUAUUUUAAGAAUAAUAUAAAAAAUAUUUCUGCCACGUAUAUUUUUAAAAUGAUAGAUACACAUUUCUCAUGUGACAGUUUAUAUUAGCAUAUUAGGAAUUACAACACAAUAAUUGAGCUCAAAAGAGGCUCAAGGUAACAUUUCGUGUAAACAAGUAAAUCUGUCAGUAGUUAUAUUUUAGGGACUAACCAUGUGCUGGAUUGCUUUGGGUCAAGCAUGUGUAUUGUGAGAACAAAAAUUCCAGUUCAAAGUUUAGUGGCUCAACAUAAGGAGCCAUGCAGUUCAUACUCAGCUGGAAGAAAGAAAACAUGAUAAUACUUCAAGCAUUUGGGAUUACAAGUGAGAUACUGAACUAGCUUGAACAUGAGAAGGGGUCAAGGCAAGAUAAUGGUAAUCCACACAGAGGUGCUGUUUUGAAAAAAUCAAACGUAACAUUCAAGUCCAUUGAGAAAAACAGGUUGAUACAGCAAUCAAUUAACUUAAUGAAUACGUUUUUUAUUGUACUGCAAAUUUAAUGUGUGCGUGCCUGAAUUCAGACUCAAAAGUAGACAUUAAAAUAGGUUUAGCACUUUGUUUCUGUAGAACAAAAUAGUUAAAGGCUUACAUUUUUAAGCAAUUAUCUUUCUGUACGAUAGCACUCUGUUACUGCAUGCAGCAGCUGUUUAAAAUGAAAAGCAAAACAAUGACCUUGUAAUAUUGACACUUCCUGGUGCAAUAGGACAAUGGACUGAUGAAUGUACAGUGCGAUACUAUGUUAUUGAUAUGUCUGUUUUCAAUAAAAAAAAAAAAAAAAACUGGGCUAUGUUUAUCCUUA